AUGUCCGCUAUUCCAUGCACGUCGCUUUCCAAUGGUGUUCAGAUGCCGAUGAUCGGCUUAGGGACCACACAUUCCGGCGGCUAUUAUCAUGACGCGGUUCUGCACGCCAUCAACAAGUGCAACUAUCGGCUCAUCGACACCGCGAAACGGUAUGGUGUUGAGAAGCAGCUCGGCAUUGCAAUUCAGAUGUCGCAAGUCGAUCGCGACGCGAUGUUCAUCUGCACCAAAUUGUGGCCGGUGGAUUGCGGCGACGGUGUGCUUGACGCGUUUCGCGCGUCGUGCGAGAAACUGCGCACCGACUAUCUCGAUCUCUACAUGGUCCAUAUGCCGCAACUGCCCGAAUGGGUUCGGAAUCCGAAGGAGACGCGCGAGGACACGUGGCGACAAAUGGAGCUCCUCUAUGAGGAGGACCAUGUGCGCUCGAUUGGCGUCAGCAACUACAACGCCGACGAUUUGGAGGAGCUCGCCGAGUACGCCAGCGUCAUGCCGCAUGUCAAUCAAAUCGAAUUCCAUCCGUGGUUCCAUCAGCAGGACUUGAAAAAUUAUUGCGAUUCGAUGGGAAUUUUGACGAUGGGCUAUUGUCCGCUGGCGAAAGGCAAAUAUCUGGACGACGAGCAAUUGUGCAAAAUCGCCAAGCGAUACGGCAAAACGCCGGCGCAGGUGUGCCUCCGCUGGAGUGUUCAGCACGGUGUUCCGGCGGUGCCGAAGAGCACCGAUUAUCGGCGGCUCGCCGAGAACACGCAGGUAUUCGAUUUCGAGCUCGCCGAUGAUGACAUGAGUGUGCUGAAUGCGAUGACGUCGAAAGACCACAAGAUUGUCGACCUCUCGAAUAUUUGCUCAAAAAUGUCGUUGCCCGACGGUUAUAAGCUUCAAGGAAGGGUUUUUGGUGUGCCUGAUGAGAACGAAGCGGAUCGGGCCGCACUUCAAUCAGUUCCAAGAUUGAUUCGGAAGGAUUAA